UUUGUNACUGGUCUUCUUUCUUCCCCUAACAUUAAAUUUACGACGCCACAGAUUAAGUGUUAUAUGAAGCAAUUGUUGUCUGGGUUAGAUCAUUGUCAUUCACGAGGCGUGAUGCAUCGGGACAUAAAGGGUUCAAAUCUUUUGUUGAGUAAUGAAGGUAUACUAAAGGUGGCUGAUUUUGGGUUAGCAAACUUUAGCAAUUCUUCUGGGCACAAGAAGAAACCUCUUACCAGUCGAGUUGUGACUUUGUGGUAUCGUCCACCUGAACUUUUGCUUGGGGCAACGGACUAUGGAGCAUCUGUUGAUAUGUGGAGUGUUGGUUGUGUUUUCGCUGAGCUGCUUCUUGGAAAACCUAUUCUCCGGGGAAGAACUGAGGUUGAACAGCUGCACAAAAUCUUCAAACUGUGUGGAUCUCCACCAGAAGAUUACUGGAAAAAGUCCAAACUUCCCCAUGCAAUGCUUUUCAAGCCUCAGCAAAACUAUGAUAGUUGUCUCCGGGAAACCUUGAAAGAUUUGUCUGAGACUGAAAUCAAUCUGAUUGAAACUCUUCUUUCUAUAGAUCCCCACAAACGUGGUACUGCCUCUAGUGCCCUUGUUUCUCAGUAUUUUACUACAAAGCCUUUUGCUUGUGAUCCCUCAAGCUUGCCAAUAUACCCACCUAGCAAGGAGAUAGAUUCAAAGCAUCGAGACGAAGCAACAAGGAAAAAAAUUAGCGGGAAUGGGAGACGUGGUAUAGAUGCCAGGAAGCCAUCACGGAAGGCCCAUUCAUUCAAUAAAUUGGCACCAGUUGAGGACGUGCGACACGAAACUGAAACUUUUCAGAAACGAAUUAGUCAUUUAGUUCAUAAUUCGAUUGGAAGUGACGCCAGGUUAUGUGAGAAGCUGCAAAACCCAUUAGAUCACAAAAAAGACGAAGCUUCCCAUAUGAAGAAUGCCUCGCAAGGAGAUGUACCUUUCUCAGGGCCGUUACAAGUCUCUAAAUCAAACACUUUUGCUUGGGCGAAACUAGAAAAAGAUGACGUAUGUGUUAGGGUACAUAAUCGAUCUCUCUCAAGAGGUCACAUUCCUAACUUGUCGGUACAUUCUCCCGCCAUCAAUGGGAAAAGUAAUGUUGAAUGUAAGAUAAAUAAGAAUGAAAAUGAGGACAAACGUGAGGACAAGACAGAUUCUCGAGACCAGGAGUCAUAUGAGAUGGUGAAGCGUUCUAUGUUGAAGCAGUGGAGACAACUUGAACGUCCAGAUUCUUUUGGUGCAUCUGACGAGUAUCACUCGCAGGAACUGUCACUGGGACUCUAUCAGAGAGAUGAAAUGGCAACAAAGCUGGGUAAUAAUUUGGUACGUCUAUAGAUUAUUGAAGCUAGAGAAGCACCCUUCUAGUUUAUUUGAUAUCCAAAUCCCAUAUAGAAGCUUGUUAUAUGCAUUGUUUCUGUGGCAGUUUAGGGCUGUUUACAGACAUAGUAGGGACUAAGUAUGCUUUGUACCUUACGUUACGUUCUUAUGCUUUACUACCAGUGUCAAAAUCGAUUCUGUGUAUCAGAAAUAAAAUGAACGCAGUCCUAAAAAAUAUGAUUGCACUACUGCUGUAAUAGUUUGAUAUCUAAGUGAUUUCGGAGAUUACGGGAACUAUUUGAUAUAUACAUAUAAAAUACGGUGUAAUUGGGA